AUGGUUCGCUUCGCUUUCACCGCCGUUCUGCUUUUUGGCGUUUCUGCUCUCGCUGGCCAGGCUGGCAAUGUCGCAGCCCAGAAAAAUGCUGCAGCUCAGCAGCAAAAAGCCGCCGCUGGCGCUGCCAACCAGGCCAGCGGCGCUGGUGACAACAAGGUCGGCGCAGGGCAGGCCAACCAGUUCAUCACCGGCCCAUGUGCAUCCAAGGCAGACUGUGCCUCGGGAUGCUGCACUCAGAGGAACGGCAAGGUUGAGUGCGCGGCUCCUGGAGCACUUGGUGUUAAGGACAAGGCCAACGACCCGAAGUGCAACGCCAAGGCCGGAGGUCGGGCGGCUAAGCGCCUGAGGGUUUGA